AUAUAACCGUCUAUAUGACUCCAACUUCCUGUCCAUCUAUUUCGGAAAAGAAAAAGCUCUAUAUGCCCCUUUCUUCUUGUCCAGCUCUCACUCUCCCCCGUCCCUCAAGCUGUUUCUUCCCUCGAAGCAUUCCCAUCAACAAGCCGAAACCCUACUCCGUCUUCUUCAAGCUAUUUAUCAGCAAUGUCGGAUUUGGUUCCAUCCGCCAUUUCCAAGCCGCCGCGUGCCGCGCCCUCUGCGACUCUUCAGACGGAGAAAUCGAAGGAAAUGCGGGAUUGGAGAUCGCCAAAGGUGACGCCUUUUCUAUUCUUAACUUCAUGGAACAGCGAGGGGUUCGCCCGAAUUUUCACACCUAUGCAUCGGUACUUGACACUUUUUUUAGUUUAAGGUCCCUUAAAGGAGUUCAAAGAGUUCAUGGAGUGAUUAUGAAACUGGGUUUUGAUACACAGAGCGUUUUAUCCGAUCGGCUCUUUAAUCUUUACUAUGUUCUUGGUGAUUUUGCUAGUGCAAGCAAGGUGCUUGUUGAUUUGUCUCUUAGAAGUGUUGCUUUGUGGAAUAGGAUGAUUGCCGACCAUCUUCGGAAAAAUGAAAAAGCUCAGGUCAUAAGCUUUUUUAUGAAUUUGUUGAGAGAGUUCCAGAGCGUUGAUCCUGUUAUAUUUAGUGGUGCUUUGAGAGCCUGUACUGGCAACAGUGUCUUUUGGCCUCUUGUUCAGCAGAUUCAUGGUAAGAUAAUUCGGAUUGGCUUAACAGCCGAUCCUAUUGUUUGCAAUCCUUUGAUUGAUUUAUAUUCAAAAAAUAAGAGUAUAGACUCUGCAAUCUUGGUUUUUGAUGAAAUGUGUUCAAAGGACAAUGUGUCAUGGGUUGCCAUGAUGUCUGGUCUUUCUCAAAAUGGACUUGGAAAAGAAGCUUGCAAUCUCUACUUUCAAAUGCAUCAAUCUGGAAUUAUUCCCACUCCUUAUGUUCUAUCGAGUAUCCUCAGUGCUUGUACCAAGACUGAACUUUUCGAUCAGGGAAUGCAGAUUCAUGCCCAGUCCUUGAAGUGGGGAUUCUGCGCCGAAACUUUUGUCGGCAAUGCACUUAUCAGCUUUUAUUCACGAAGUCGGAGCUUGGAAUCCGCCGAGAAAGUAUUUUAUGAAAUGUCGAAUCGUGAUGGUGUCACAUAUAACUCCAUGAUUUCAGGAUAUGGAAUGUUUGGAAAUAGUGAAAGGGCUAUAUGUGCUUUUAAGGAAAUGGAGAGUUCAGGCUUUAAACCCGACUCGGUGACCAUUGCAAGUCUUCUUUGUGCUUGUGCUUGUAUUGGAGCAAUUCAGAAGGGCAAGCAGCUUCAUGCCUAUGUGUUGAAAGCUGGCUUGUCUUCAGAUUAUAUUAUCGAAGGUUCUUUACUCGAUCUAUAUGUAAAAUGCGCGGAUAUAGAUACCUCGCGUCAAUUGUUCGAUUCAACAAAGAAAGAAAAUGUGGUGCUCUGGAAUGUAAUGCUUGUAGCUUAUGGACAGAUGGGUGAUCUAAGUGAGUCCUUUAAUCUAUUCUCUGAAAUGCUUGUAGCUGGUUUGGAAGCAAACCAGUACACCUAUCCAAGUAUACUAAGAACAUGUACUUAUUAUGGAGAACUUGAUCUUGGUGAGCAGAUUCAUUCCAUGACCAUAAAGACUGGUUUCCAAAUGAAUAUCUUUGUCUGUAGUGUGUUAAUAGAUAUGUAUUCCAAAUGUGGAGUGCUGGAAAGAGCUAGGCAGAUCCUUAAUAGACAAACAGAGAAAGAUGUGGUCUCUUGGACGGCUAUGAUCGCCGGUUAUGCCCAGCAUGAGCAUUAUGUAGAAGCUCUGAAAACAUUUGAAGAAAUGAAAUUUCAUGGUAUCAAACCAGAUAAUAUUGGAUUAUCAAGUGCAAUUAGUGCUUGUGCUGGACUAAAAGCUGUUAGCCAGGGAUUGCAGAUCCAUGGCCAGGCUUGUGUUUUGGGUUAUUCUACUGAUCUAUCAAUCGGAAAUGCCCUCGUAAACCUUUACGCUAGGUGUGGUAUGAUCAUGGAAGCUUAUUCUGCAUUUGAGGCUAAUGAGGUUAGGGAUGAUGUAUCAUGGAAUGCAUUGAUUUCUGGAUUUGGACAAAGUGGUCACUAUGAAGAAGCACUAGUAGUGUAUAAACAGAUGAGUCAGAAGGACAUUAAAGCUAAUUUGUUCACAUAUGGUUCAGCUGUUAGUUCUUCAGCUAAUAUUGCAGAUAUAAAGCUAGGCAAUCAGAUACAUUCAAAAAUGAUCAAAACUGGUUAUGACAUGGAGAUAGAAGCUGCUAAUUCACUAGUUUCAUUGUAUGCCAAGUGUGGAAGCAUUGGAGAUGCAAAGCUUGUGUUUAACAAGAUGCCCGAGAGGAAUGAGAUUUCUUGGAAUGCCAUUAUCACAGCAUAUUCGCAACACGGACGCGGGAAGGAAGCCCUGCAACUCUUUGAGCAUAUGAAGGAGGAGGGCCUCAAGCCAAAUCAUGUUACAUUCAUUGCUGUUCUAACAGCUUGUAGCCAUGUGGGUCUGGUAACCGAGGGCCUCAACCACUUCGAUUCGAUAAGCAAGGAGCAUGGACUUGUGCCCAAGCCUGAGCAUUUUGUUUGCGUCGUGGAUCUUCUUGGACGGGCUGGACAAUUAAACCGUGCGCGAAGAUUCAUAGAUUCAAUGCCUGUCACCCCAGAUUCAAUGAUAUGGAGGUCUCUUCUUGGCGCCUGCACAAUCCACAAGAACAUCGAGGUCGGCGAGUUCGCCGGCCAUCGUCUUCUCGAGUUGGAACCUCAUGAUUCAGCCACAUAUGUUCUCCUAUCAAAUCUAUAUGCAGUGACAAGGAAAUGGGAAUGCAGGGAUAGAAUGAGACAGGUUAUGAAAGAUAGAGGAGUGAAGAAGGAGCCUGGACUAAGCUGGAUUGAGGUGAAGAACGAGAUCCAUUCAUUCUUUGUUGGUGAUCGCUUGCAUUCACUAGCAGAGGCAAUCUAUGAACACUUGGAAGAGUUGAACAAAAGGGCGGUUGAUAUUGGGUAUAAGCAAGACAAAUACUGUCUUCUGCAGGAAAUUGAACAAGAACAGAAGGAUCCUACAGCUUGGAUACACAGUGAGAAACUUGCUGUUUCCUUUGGGCAUAUGAAGCUGCCACCUGAGGUACCUAUACGGGUUAUUAAGAAUAUUCGUGUCUGCUCUGACUGCCAUAAUUGGAUGAAGUUUAUCUCACGAGUUGUGGGUCGUGUGAUUAUACUGAGAGAUUCUUACAGGUUCCACCAUUUUGAAGCAGGGGAUUGUUCUUGUGGAGAUUAUUGGUGAAGAUAUUCUAAUUUAUUAAGGGAGAUGAAGAAAGGAUGGUGAUUGAGAUUCAUUGGGAGGAUUUUUUGACUUUGUUGAUAUCAACAAUUUGAAGUUGGUUGAAGAAAAAAAAAGCAUUGGUAGGAGAAUGUGGUGGAGAUGGAUGGUCUUUCAAAGCAUUUUUUGAAUAUCGGGCGAACGGAAAAUCCACUCCUAAAAUUUCAAGUUCAGAUCAACUUGUGUAAGAUUUGGGUGACCAAAUGAAAAAAGAAAGAAAAUGAUCAUGUCUUAUUGGGUAGGGUUAUAGUCAACCGAUAAGAAUAAUUUAACUAUUUUAUUUUUGUAAUGAAAAAUAAAUAUUAAAU